UUAGCUUCCAUCGCGCUACUCGUGACCGGUCACGAUUGCCUACGGUCCGGGUGCCGUGGACGACCCUUUCGGCUAAUCUUUUUAGAAGACUCACAUUCAACUUUCAAAGACAUCGCAAUCAAUCGAUCAUUAUGGGUGAGUCCAGAAUUUCCGAUCGAGUAACAUUUUGGGACCAGUACGACUCCUUUUUGAAAGGAUUCCAAGGCCUAGCACCAGGGUUGGACGAUUUCGAUUGUGCUGGAGAUUAUGAACUAUUGGCAGAGUAUCAGAACUUUAAACCAUCGAGAAUUUUGGAAUUGCUAGUUUUAUUGGCUUCAGAAAAGAACAUCUCACCCGCACUGUUUCAUAAGGAGAUGCGAAUGAUUCUCACUCAUGAAUUUUCGAACAAUUCCACAAGCGAGAGAGAAAAAAUUAGGAUAGGAGAACUAAAGAAUAAAUAUGAGGUAAAAAAAACUGGUACCGAUUCGGACUCUAUAACUGUCUCUCGCUUGGGUUUCAUGUUUCCCCAUUACUCACUGCCAGCCAAAAUGGGACUAAGUAAGGAAGUAGAUUAUCGUUAUUAUUUUAAUAAUGGGUACGUUCAGUUCAAAUAUCCCAAACUAUUAAAUUUCCAUGAGUUUGGCAGUGUGAUACCAUCUGGACAUAUCUUGAAGGCUAGUGUUUGGAAAGCGAUAAUCACUGCACGUUUGUAUUUUGCAGGAGAUAAUCUACAAUCAUCGAUUUCUUUCCGUACUCAUCAAAUUUUGCUAAGAAAACGAAUUGGAAGCAGCUUAUUAUCGGAUGAGCGCAGGAUAAAUCUUUUACAGAUGUAUGGAGUUGUAACGACCCAAAAAGAGUUGACGUCUAAUAUGGCUGACGCACUUAAAUGUAUAAAGAUCGAAAACAAUCACAUAAUAGAGGACAUUGAGUGGGAUUUAAUUGGUUAAUUAGCUUAAGUAUAAGCUUAAGUAUAGGUGUGUGUGUAAUUGUUGGCUUUAACUUAACUUAGGAACUUAAAAGAAUCGUCUUUAUUUUUUUUCCCAGUAAUUACAAAGAUCGAAAUUUUUUUCGGUGUAAGUUGCUUUUAAAUGUGUGCAAAAAUUAAUUGAAGGACUGUUUAAAAUUAAUACAAUAAAUGACCUGAUUUGGAUACAAAAUUGAAAUUCCA